GGGCCGGUGCUGCUUUGUACCUGGCAAACUGACCCCUGGCCUUUGCUUUGCUUCUGUUCCCUCCGCUGACGGCCGACCUACAGCUGUUAGUUGGGUUCACCUCGAAGUGAGGGCUGGAGCUGGGCUAGAGCGGCCGGGCCUGGUCACAGCCGUUGUGCACUUCCUGGUGGUCCGGUCCCCAGCUGGGUUGUGCUGAGCCCUCCCUCACAGCCCCCAGCAGCAGCCUGGGGCAGACUGUCCCCAACAGCAGCAGGGACCCCAAAGGCCAGGCCCUGCAGUCAUUCGGCCCCCUCAGCAAAAGAGCCGCCUGCACGCUGGGCUGCCUGCCGUGCCCGGCCCAGGGGUGGGUGGACACCCCAGAGGUCACAGCUGACCCGGAACGGGACACUCCAGUCAGGACAGGGACCACAGCCUCUGGCUCAGGCACCUACCUGUGCUGUUCCGGGGGGAACAUUGGGCCGUAACCCCUCCCUGGCAGCCCCAACAGGGAGCGCUGUUUCAGAUCUGGCCCAGCUGACCCACCCCCACGCUGUCAGGGUCCACCCCAGAUACCCUUGUAGAGCAGGGACUGUGGCGCCUGGAGGCUGUAUGGGACUCAUUCUGACCAGACCAGGCUCCUAUUACCCUGCCUCACGGGUCAGAGGUCAGGCGCAGGGUUGUCGGACAUUUUCAGUCAGGUCUCAGAGAAAGCCACCCCCUGGGCCCCCAGGCCUCUGCAGCCACAGAGGGUUUGGAAGGGCAGAUUCCAGGCGGCCCUUUGUCCUGCUGCACCAGUCAGGCUGGCCCCCUGCCCUCCCGAUGAGGAGGAGCCAGCCUUGGGGGGAUGUGUGCCCGCUGGUGGGGGGUGGAGGUGGGAACUGCGGCAGGCUAGGCUCCGGUGCCCCAGGACUCUUGCUCUUUUCAGCUGCAGACGCCCUUGGACUUGGCCUUCCUUCGGGUGGCGCCGUCCCACGCCGAGCUACGUGCUGUGCAGUGCGUGGGCUGAAGCUCCAGCGUCAGCGUGUGGGGGUGCUCUUGUGUUUGUGGGAGGCAAACUCUUCCUGCUGCACCUGCCCCGCUUUGUGGACAGGCCUGAGCCCCAAGCCCUCAGCCGGGUUUCAGGGAUGGAGUAUCUGGGAAUGCAGUCCUGUCGUGUCAGGCCCCACCCCACCAGGGGUGGCAGAGCAGAGGAGGCGGGCUGCGCUGGGAGUCCUGCAGGCCCCUGUGCCCCUAACAGAGCCGUGGAGGAAGAAACCUCACAGGAGCGGAGUGGAGCCCUCGGCCUGACCCAGACACACGUGACCAUUGCCAGCCUGGACCUGCCUUGAGGGACCCAGGCUGUGGUCAGCCACACUCGGCAGGGAGGUCCUGUGCCUGCCACCCCCGCAGCACAGGAGCCUGGGGUCCAGAGGGCGUCAGGGACAAAAGCUGGGAUUGCUGGCCCUGCCCCCACCCUCCGGAGGGUCGUCAAGGAGACUGAUCCCAGUCCUGGGUGUAUAGGAAGGGGCUCAGAUUACAGGGUCCCCUCCCCUCCCCCUCUCCGGCCAGAGCCAGCCCUUCUCCGCCCCUGGUGACCCUCAUGGCCAGUGGCUCUGUGCUCCUGGGCCUCUGGCUCCUCCCCAACCUCCUCCCCUCUACCCUGUGCUGACCGGGGCCUGGGAGCCCCCACACGGUUCAGACACAGGGGCCAGGCUAAAGCUGGAGAGGAGCCAGUACGGCACUGACGGCCUCUGAGAACCUGGGAGACCCAGCAGGGGCGUGAGGCCAAGCGUCUGCUGCAGGCUUCCGCCUCGGGUGAAAGGGAGCCCCGGGGGUCCUUGCGGGGGCGCCAACCACAGGCACGGAGGGUGGAUGCCUGCAGGACGCUGGGCUCAGAGGAGCCCGAGGAGGGGCUGGUGGCCACACCCCCCUGCCCCCUGGCUCGGCGGCCCCCAUGCCCACCCCACGGCCACUCCUGCCUCUCCUGCUCCUCCUCCAGCUGACCUCGGGGGCCGGCUUGCUGCCAGGGCCGGGGGGCCACCCGGGCGUGUGCCCCAACCAGCUCAGCCCCAACCUGUGGGUGGACGCCCAGAGCACCUGUGAGCGUGAGUGCAGCAGGGACCAGGACUGUGCGGCCGCUGAGAAGUGCUGCACCAACGUGUGUGGACUGCAGAGCUGCGUGGCAGCGCGCCUCCCGGACAGCCCAGCUGCGCCCGCGACCACGGCGGCCUCCUGCGAGGGCUUUGUGUGCCCACAGCAGGGUUCCGACUGUGACAUCUGGGACGGGCAGCCGGUGUGCCGCUGCCGCGACCGCUGUGAGAAGGAGCCCAGCUUCACCUGCGCCUCGGACGGCCUCACCUACUACAACCGCUGCUACAUGGAUGCCGAGGCCUGCCUGCGGGGCCUGCACCUGCACGUGGUGCCCUGUAAGCACGUGCUCAGCUGGCCGUCCAGCAGCCCAGGGCCGCCGGAGACCACCGCCCGCCCCACGCCGGGGGCCGCACCCAUGCCUCCCGCCCUGUACAGCAGUCCCUCCCCGCAGGCGGUGCAGGUGGGGGGCACGGCCAGCCUUCACUGCGACGUCAGCGGCCGCCCGCCGCCUGCCGUGACCUGGGAGAAGCAGAGUCACCAGCGGGAGAACCUGAUCAUGCGUCCCGACCAGAUGUACGGCAACGUGGUGGUCACCAGCAUCGGGCAGCUGGUGCUCUACAACGCGCGGCCCGAAGACGCCGGCCUGUACACCUGCACCGCGCGCAACGCCGCAGGCCUGCUGCGGGCCGACUUCCCGCUUUCUGUGGUCCAGCGAGAGCCGGCCAGGGACAGGGCCCCCAGUGUCCCAGCCCCCACUGAGUGCCUGCCAGACAUGCAGACCUGCACAGGCCCCGCCUCCCCCUCCCCUGCCUCCCCACACCUGGUCCUCUGGCACUUUGACCCGCAGCGGGGUGGCUGUAUGACCUUCCCUGCCGGUAGCUGUGAUGGGGUGGCCCGGGGCUUCGAGACCUACGAGGCAUGCCAGCAGGCCUGUGCCCACGGCCCUGGCGACGCCUGUGUGCUGCCUGCCGUGCAGGGCCCCUGCCAGGGCUGGGAGCCGCGCUGGGCCUACAGCCCGCUGCUGCGGCACUGCCACCCCUUCGUGUACGGCGGCUGUGACGGCAACAGCAACAACUUCCACAGCCGCGAGAGCUGUGAGGACGCCUGCCCCGUGCCCCGCACGCCGCCCUGCCGCGCCUGCCGCCUCCGGAGCAAGCUGGCGCUGAGCCUGUGCCGCAGCGACUUCGCCAUCGUGGGGCGGCUCACGGAGGUGCUGGAGGAGCCCGAGGCGGCCGGUGGCAUCGCCCGCGUGGCGCUGGAGGACGUGCUCAAGGAUGACAAGAUGGGCCUCAAGUUCUUGGGCACCAAGUACCUGGAGGUGACACUGAGCGGCAUGGACUGGGCCUGCCCCUGCCCCAACAUGACAGCAGGCGACGAGCCGCUGGUCAUCAUGGGCGAGGUGCGCGACGGCGUGGCUGUGCUAGACGCCGGCAGCUACGUCCGCGCUGCCAGCGAGAAGCGUGUCAAGAAGAUCGUGGAGCUUCUGGAGAAGCAGGCCUGUGAGCUGCUCAACCGCUUCCAGGACUAGCCCCCACAACGGGCCUUCACCGCCCGAUGUCCUGGUGAAUAAAUGCACUGCCCGCACCCCAGA